CUCCCGCGGGGGUCGGGCCAUGGAGGCGGUGCCGCCGCUCUACCGGGUGGCGGGGACCGCGGGGCCGCAGGGAGAUGAGGAUCGGCUCGGGGUCCCCGACGGGCCCGGGGCUCCGCUGGACGAGCUGGUGGGCGCGUACCCCAACUACAACGAGGAGGAGGAGGAGCGCCGCUACUACCGCCGCAAGCGCCUCGGCGUGCUCAAGAACGUGCUGGCGGCCAGCGCGGGCGGCACGCUCACCUACGGCGUCUACCUGGGCCUCUUGCAGAUGCAGCUGAUCCUGCACUACGAUGAGACCUACCGCGAGGUGAAGUAUGGCAACAUGGGGCUGCCCGACAUUGACAGCAAGAUGCUGAUGGGCAUCAACGUGACGCCCAUCGCUGCUUUGCUCUACACACCUGUGCUCAUCAGGUUUUUUGGCACCAAGUGGAUGAUGUUCCUGGCUGUGGGCAUCUAUGCCCUCUUUGUCUCCACCAACUACUGGGAGCGCUACUACACACUCGUGCCCUCAGCCGUGGCCCUGGGCAUGGCCAUUGUGCCUCUAUGGGCCUCCAUGGGCAACUACAUCACCAGGAUGGCUCAAAAGUACUAUGAGUACUCCCACUAUAAGGAGCGGGAUGAGCAGAGCCCCCAGCAACGCCCGCCACGGGGCUCCCACGCGCCAUAUCUCCUGGUCUUCCAAGCGAUCUUCUAUAGCUUCUUCCAUCCCAAGCUGCCCUCCUGCCCACAGCUGAGCUUCGCCUGUGCCCAGCUGCCCAUGAUCUACUUCCUGAACGACUACCUGUAUGACCUGAACCACACACUCUACAACGUGCAGAGCUGCGGUACUAACAGCCAGGGCAUCCUCAUUGGCUUCAACAAGACCGUUCUGCGGACGUUACCACGGAGCAGAAACCUCAUUGUGGUGGAGAGCGUGCUCAUGGCGGUGGCCUUCCUGGCCAUGCUGCUGGUGCUGGGCCUGUGCGGCGCCGCCUACCGGCCCACUGAGGAGAUCGACCUGCGCAGCGUGGGCUGGGGCAACAUCUUCCAGCUGCCCUUCAAGCACGUGCGCGACUUCCGCCUGCGGCACCUCGUGCCCUUCUUUAUCUACAGCGGCUUCGAGGUGCUCUUUGCCUGCACUGGUCUCGCCCUGGGCUAUGGUGUGUGCUCGGUGGGGCUCGAACGCCUGGCCUAUAUCCUCGUGGCUUACAGCCUGGGCGCCUCGGCCUCCUCGGUCCUGGGCCUCCUGGGGCUGUGGCUGCCCCGCGCGGUGCCCCUGGUGGCUGGGGCCGGACUGCACCUGCUCCUCACUCUCGGCCUCUUUUUCUGGGCCCCCGCACCUCGGGUCCUGCAACACAUUUGGAUCCUCUACGUAGCAGCUGUCCUCUGGGGUGUGGGCAGUGCCCUCAAUAAGACUGGCCUCAGCAUUUUGAACGUCACCCCUGGAGGUGUGAUGUGGUGGAGGGCAGGGGCUGGCUCAGGAGACCCCAUCAGACCCCCCGUCGGAGAGUCAGCCGUCUGUACUUGUCAUCAGGCAUGGAGCCCCACACGCCAGGCUACACUCUCUUUGCUGCUCUUCAGAGGCAGCCAGCUCUGGGUAGCAUCCAGCCUGGGUAGCUCGGGUCCACGACAAGUCUGGACUUGGGCCUGGACCUGGCAUCCCCUUCUGCCUGCCCAGUUCUGCUUCCUGCCUCCCCCUUGUGAACCCUGGGGGCUCCCUGUCCCUUCCCAGCAGCCCCAAGGGGUAUAGUCACACUGCAAGGCCUUAGGGCGAGGAUGUUAAUGUCCGAGUGAGGGGGCAAUUUGCCAGGUGCUGUCUGGGCUUUGCAUUAAAACCUCAGAGCACAACAUA